AGGAGCUGCAGCACCACGAAUCUGGCGUCGCGAGCGCGUCACAAAUCGGAGCAAGACACUUUUAGCAAUCAAUUGUAAUUCGAAAAAUCGAACCGAUCGCUGAGAACGCGGUGCAGGAGGUUGUGCUGGAAGGAGGAGGAAAAAUUCGGAUCGGUGACACAAAAGGCAGAAUCGUUUCGGGGUUGACGAUUAAUUGAUUUCUCGCCUGCGGCCCACAAGCGUGCCCAAAGUGGAGGAGAAAGAAGCAAAACGCUUGUGAAAAGUGAUUGAUAGUUGUGAUUUUUUUGAUUGCUUGUUUUCGUUAUUCAUCUUAGUAAAAGUCUGCGCUUAAUUACCUAUUCAUCAUGGAAAAAGUGAAGGAAGGCGGCAGAGCGAAGAUGGAUAACGAGCUGAGCAAAGACCAGCUGAAAGUGCUAAAGGAAGCCUUCGAUGCAUUCGACAAGGACAAGACCGGCAGCAUUCCCACCGACGUUGUCGGUACCAUUCUGGAACUGCUCGGCCAAACACUGUCAGAAGAAGAGCUCGAUGACAUUAUCGAUGAGUACGACGUGGAUGAAUCUGGCCAGCUGGAGUUCAGUGAAUUCGUGCAACUGGCGUCAAAUUACGUAGAACCAGAGGAGGACUACGACGCGUUACGGAAAGAACUCCGAGAGGUGUUCAUGAUGUACGACAAGGAAGCCAAGGGCUUCAUUCCAGUAGACUCGUUCAAACAGAUCCUGCGGGAACUAGACGGUGCAGUGCCCGAGGAGGAGCUGGACGACAUUAUAGAUGAGAUUGACGCUGACGGUUCAGGAACGGUAGACUUUGAAGAAUUCAUGGAGGUUAUGACAGGUGAAUAAUCACUUUCCAACUAUCACUUCUUUCACGCAUUGAUAAAAACAAUAACGGCCGUUGCGCAAAGCUUUCCGCCUAAAGCUUUCCUGCACCAUUGCACCUAAUCGAAUGUUGGCGAUUUCGACCUAACACGAAAUUUUUCAAGUUUUAUGGUAUAUUAGCAACAACCAGAACCAGGCACACUCAACGGUUUCUAGCAACAGCCUGAGAUCCGUUCACCAUCUGAUGCUUUUUCCAAUCUUUACGAUUUGUAGGUUAAGCUUUGCAGCAGCCCGUGUGUUUCAGCGUCACCGAAGCUACAGAGAAAAAUUUAAUCUAGCGUACUAUUACUAAUAAAACUACUUACCAAUAAAAGAUAAUAAAAAAAUAGAAAUAAGCUCAGGACAACAUCGUUUGAUAGCAGGAAGCCGAACCGCCAUCAGAUAUUCAGAUUCAUUAACAUAAAUAAAACCAAAAUCAUACCACUUGCUUGAAGCUGCGAAAUAAAGAAUAAAUGAUAAGUUCAAUAAGAAGCCAACAUCACUUUUAAUCACCCCUCCGAUCAUAUACAAACCAACGCAACAAUCAGUAAGUCAUCCACGAGCUCAACCAUUACGGAUUCAAUAUCACGCUUACUCAGAGAUCUUAAGCUAGCCAAAAUUUCCCCCCACUUCAACGCUAAAACAAUGCAGGAAUAAUUCACCAGAGAUGCUUUGAUGCAAAAAAAAAGUUCAACGGGUAUUUCAAGGAUCGCUUUUGCUUUUAAGGAUUAACAAGGACGACUGAAAUAAAUUCUUUU